UGCGGGAAGAACUUUGGCAGAUGCUUUGUAAAAAAAUGUAAUGAAGUCAAAUGCUCCGGACAGAGGCUGCAAACCUGCAGCGAGUGUGGGGAGAUGCUUGAGGGCGCCGCAUGGUGCAUUUAUAGACGGACUACCAGGAGGACGCACACAGGAGAGGAGCGACGCUUGCACUCGACGCGCGAGAAGGCAUCUACACAAGUGGACAAGUCGGGAGCACGUGAAGUGACGAGCACUGCUGGCGGGGGGAAACACGAGUGUAAGGAGUGUGGGAAGAGGUUUCCGUAUCACUAUCAAUUGCAGAUGCACGUUCGGACACACACCGGCGAGAAGCCAUACGCGUGUACAGAUUGUGGGAAGCAAUUUUCACACAGAUCUUCCCUAAAGCUUCACUUAAUAACGCACACCGGCCAGAAGCCACACGCGUGCACGGAGUGUGGGAAGGAAUUUACACGCCGGUCCCACCUGGAGACGCAUUCUAGAACGCACACGGGCGAGAGACCACACGUGUGCACCGAGUGCGGGAAGGCGUUUCCGAGGCGUUUUAACUUAGAGGCACAUUUUAGAACGCACACGGGCGAAAAGCCACACGUAUGCUCCACGUGUGGGAAGGGAUUUUCGCAGCGUUCUAAUUUAGAGACGCACUCGAGAAUACACACGGGUGCAUGGCUACACGUGUGCAAGCAGUGUGGGAAGGGCUUUGCACAUCCUUCUAAUUUGGAGGCACAUUCUAGAACGCACACGGGCAAGAAGCGACAUGUGUGCGCCCAGUGUGGGAAAGGGUUUUCACGAAUAAACACUUUAAAGAAACAUUCUAGAACGCACACUGUUGAGUGAAAACAUCUGGUUACAUUCUACUUGAACUAAAAGCUGCGGUGAGUGUUUUCAAGUUUAUCCAGACUAUGGACACCGAAAUGCCAUUGGCUCACCAUGUACCCUCAUAUGUAAGCUGUAAAAAUUAAAUAGAAAGGCUGUUAAAAUUACAGUAAUACCUCCAUAUGCGGAUAUUCAAUAAUCGAAGUUUCAGUAUAAUGAAAUUUGGAUUUAUUACCAUUAUAUUAAUGGGGCAAAAAAAAUGUAUAAAUAAAUAAUAAAAUGCUCCAUCUACGGUACUUUCAAAAUUAGAGUAAAAUUAUAAUAAGACACGUUUCUUGAGCAUUGCGCACAUUGAAAAUGGGUCAUAGAAUGUUUGUUUAGAUCCGUUGCGGCCAAUAUGCGCAUAGCGCAUAGCAAUGCACCAUGUUACGGCGCGAUGGUGUUUGGUGGGCAAUGCAAUCUUUUGACUGC